UACUGGGAGUAGCGGUUAGUAGUGAAAAACUUCCAUAACCUCCCUCCUCCAAUCUCUCUCGUCCUCUCUCAUCCGCCGCUGCGCGUAGAAAAAGAUUUUGCCCCUUCUCCUCCGGCUUGUUGGAACUUGGAACUCCGCUUUGCCCCGUCGAAAGCGACGCCUCAGCUCAACACACACCUCUGCCUGCGCCGCGCGCCACAUUUUCUCGUGAGAGAGAGAGCCUUUCCACGCAGCGCAGCUUUUCCACAGCACAGUGCUGCCUGUGCUCGCAGCCCCGCGUGCGCUCUGCUUCCACAGACCACAGUCAUCUCUCUCCUUCCCCUGCAGUGCUCCCCUCGGCUCUCCUUUUUAGAGAGAGCAGAGCAGAGCAGAGGAGAGAGAGGCAGCAGGACUCCAUUUGCUGCUUCCUCCCGUGCCGCUUCUUGGCAGUUGGCACCGCCUCCGAGAGCCAACCGGCGGGAUUACUGGAUGCGACAAGGCGAGGCCUCUCCUUUGUGCAGAGCGAGCCGCGAAAGGUCCUCUCUUUAUAGGAUCGUAGGCUGCAGCAGCCUUGGGGCGGGUGUUCAGAGGAAGAAGAAGAGACAAGAAUCGCAGAAGAAUCGUCUUCUCCCCCAGCAAGUGUCCAGAGCAAGGAGGGCGGAGGAGGGGAUCAGGCUCGCGGCCUCGAGGGAUUUCACAGGCUUCUACCAAGAGGUAAAUGUGCAUUAGGAGCUACAGGCUACAGCAAUGGCUUCGCUGGUUCCCGGGGUCCUCCUCAAGCUCCUUCAGCACAUGAACAGCGAUGUCAAAGUCGCAGGCGAGCACCGGUCAUCCCUUCUUCAGGUUGUCAGCAUUGUUCCGGCGCUUGCAGGGAGAGAUCUGUUCACCAACCAGGGGUUCUACCUCAAGGUGUCUGAUUCGUCUCAUGCAACUUAUGUUUCCCUACCGGACGAGCAGCAUGAUCUCAUAUUGAGUGACACAAUUCAGUUGGGGCAGUUCAUCCAUGUAGACCGUCUUGAGGCAGCCACCCCAGUGCCGAUCUUGAGGGGUGUCAGGCCGGUUCCAGGCCGGCAUGCUUGUGUCGGAAAUCCAGAGGAUCUUGUGGUGCCUAGCUCCUCCAAUUUUCUUGGUAGCAAGAAGGCACAACCAUCCAUCAAUGGUUCAAAGGAUGCAGGCACUUUGUCACUGGAGAAAGAGCAGAGCAGGUUAGAGAAGCUAAAUGCUUCUGUCAAGAACAACGGGACAGAAAGCAAGAAACCCCAGCUCACCAGGUCAAACUCUUCGCUCUCAAAAGAAGCACUAAACAGCCUUACCAUUAAGAAGGAAAUAGUUAGCUCAAAGGCAAAGUCCACCAGUGCUAGGUCGACGCCUUCAUCUCCGACCUGUGUCCAUUCUCUACCUGCAUCAUUUGAGAGAUUCUCAAAUGACAUGAAACAGAGGACAAAAACGAAAGGAACAGAGAAACCAUCACCAUCUAGGCUAUCCUUGUUAGAAAAGGCUGCUUCUGUUUUGAAGGUUACUACCGCAGGGAGGAAGUCCUCUGCGGGUAACUCACUUAGUAACACUGUGUUGAGCAUUGAAUCAGGACCAAAGGCCUUGAGAAGAAGCUGGGAAGGGAAUGCAGAUGCAAAAGGCAAAGGCAAUUCAGAUUCAAAGGCAGCCAAACCUGACAGGAAGUCCGAGAACAGGAGCUCUUCGACUCCUAGGCGGAAACCAGCAGCAGAAGAGAAGCCAUUGCAUAAGGAUGACAGCAAGAUUCAGACUCCACCCAGGAAGAGCUCAGCAAGUGCUCCUCCAGAAGACUCUGACAAAGGAGUGAUAAAGCAUUCUUCUCCUAUAAGGAGAACGUCUGGCGUUUUAAGCAACCCGAAUAUUACAAAUCUAGUGAAGAUUGCUGCAAGUAGCAAAAAAAUGAUAGAUGCUAGCACUUCGUGGUCCGCACUUCCUCCAUCACUUGCUAAAUUAGGAAAGGAGCUCUUGAAGUACAGGGAUGCGGCACAAUUGGCUGCUGUUGAAGCCAUGCAAGAAGCUUCUGCUGCAGAGAGCCUUCUACGUUGUUUAAGCUCGUACGCGGAGGUGACCUCGUCGGCGGAGGAGCAGAAUCCUCAGCCAGCCGUGGAGCAGUUCCUCAUUCUGCAUGGUGCUCUCUCCCGUGCCACCGUCGUUGCUGACUCGCUAACCAAGACCGCCGCCACGGCAGCAGCGGCGUCCACCGCGACCUCACCAGACCGAUCAGCAGCCGGCGACGCGUCCACCGCCGACGAAGAGACCCUGGCCAUCGCAGCGGAGCGCCGCCGCCGGGCAGCCUCCUGGGUGGGCGCCGGGCUCGCCACCGACCUCUCCGCCUUUUCCCUCUACAACCUUAAGCCAGCCCCCGCCAGUGCCGCCUCCCCUCUGGCCGUCGUGCUCGUCGACGAGUCGGCGAAGCCGGCGGCGGCGGCGAAGGCCUCGCCGCCCGCAAAGUCGCGGCUGUCGCCGGCGAAGGGGAAGGGGAGGGCGGGCUCCGUUGCUGCUGUCGCUGCUGCGGCGGCGGCUGUGCCUCCUCCGGAGUGGGAGCGGGGAGGCGGCGCGGAGGAGAGGGGCGAGCUGGCGCGGCGGCUCGGGGAGGAGGCGAGGGGAUGGUUCCUGGCGUUCGUGGAGCGUUUCCUGGACGCCGACGUGGCGGCGGCCGCGCCGUGGGACCGCGACUGCGCGGCCAGGAUGCUGCCGCAACUGAAGCGCGUCAACGACUGGCUCAGCGAGAUAGCGAAGCCCGCGGAGACACCUCCGCCCUCGGACGCGGACGGGGAGACCGCAGUCCCCGCGGCGAACGGAGGCGUCGGCGUGCCGGAGGAGACAAUAGAGCGGCUAAGGAAGAAGAUAUACGAGUACCUCCUCACCAACGUCGACUCGGCCGCCGCCGUGCUGGGCGGCGGCGCGGUGACGGCGGCGAUGAACGGGAAGAAGGGAUGACGUGGCGUCGUGGAUCGUAGGGCCGGCGCAAAUCUCGACGCAGGGGUCGGCCGGUAAUUUUGUUAGGCCAGAUUAUUCAAAAGUAAAAAAUGGGCUGAAUUGGGCUUUUAGCAGCAUUUUGUUGUUUUUCUCUUGUUGUUUCAAAAGGUUACACAAAACUAGAAAAGAAUGUGGUAGGCUAGAUGAUGUAGAAAUAUAAAUGCUUCUUGGUGAUGUCAUUAAAGUAUGUUCUUUGUUUGUGA